GUCAUCGAACAUGAACCGCGUAAUGCAGUUUUUUUUCGUUUGACGGGUGGUGAAAUUUUUUCGAUUUUUCAACUUACCACACAUUCUUGGUUUCUCCGUGACUGGCUGCACCAGCAAAUACACCAUUCUUGCAAGUGCACUGAAGUACGAAAGGUGAAAUGUUGAAAAGCCCAAUAACCUACUACAGAGCAAAGUAUGCGUGAUAAGUGCUGGUAGGGAAAAGUGAUGUGUUGUUUUCCCAGCAAGCUCAUAUCUGCCAUUCAAUUUUCGGAUCGAUUCGUUGACUAAUUAGUGGCUAUACGAGUGUGAACUAGCACAGGUGGUUGCACUGGGAGACUAGGCUUAUCGCGAUACACCACGGCGACAAGUCAGUUUUUCGCUACAGUCGCAGUGGAAAAUUGUGGUCACAUAUGGUUCGCGAAAAUUGUGUUUUUCCUGCCCAGGGUUGACAAUUUGCAGCACAGCUGAGCCUUAUGAUGAAAGUCCUACUGUGGUAAUUAGCUGGUGCAUGUCAAUUGGAGCAGAAAAUUGAGUUUUCAUCCGCAGUUCCUUCGAGAAGUGAUUGUGAGCAAGAAAGUAAAUACGAAGCAAAAAAAAAAAGUGAGGGGGUGUUAUUAAACAGAAAGGACUUUUACUAUCGUUUGAGUUGAGUUCGAGUGCGGAAAUUGCGACUUGGUGCCGACUGGGUUGAAACUGUGGAGCAUAGUGGGAGCGGAAGGUCGAAUAGGCCAACUGGUGCUUUCUUCGGUUAGACCAGAUCGGAGGCAGGUGGCUGCCGCUGCAACACUGGAACUCAUUCGCAAAAAGAUGAAACCGUACCAACCGUCGGAGAAGCUGGUGGUGCGGGAUAGUGUCUCGCUCAGCAUGGAUGAGGACCUGAGUGACGACGUGGAGGACGAGGUAUUCAUCCGGGACGGACGCACUUGCCGGACGUACGAGGAUUGUGGAGCGAAACGACCGCUAAUGGCACCGAGAAGUCGAGGAGGAAAGAACAGCCAAUCAACAAGUUGCGGCGGAACGUCGAGUCCAAUAUUGAAAAAGUACCGACGACGGCGAUGCUGGAAUUGCUGUGAGCCGUUCUGUUACGGCUUAGCGGCCAUUACGGUGUUGAUCGGACUGAUCGUACUGGCGGCGCUGCUAUUGACAGCGUUCCCCAGUCCUCUGCAGAAGAUCAAAGUAUGGUUCCACAAGGACUCUCCGUUCGGAACUGGCAUCAUCCGGGAUAAGUUUAACAGUUUUAUUUACAGUGGAAGUGAAGGCGGGAAUUCAUCACGCGAAGUUGUCCCUUGUACGCAAAUCACAGUGCAGAAAGUGUGGACUCGCGUGGUUGCCCGUGUCAACAGCGAGAGCCCCCUGCGGAAGCUGGAUGUCAACGGUGAUGGCGUUGAAGAUGUGAUCGUCGGGUACGGGAUUGAUGAGAUGAUCGAUGAUGCCCGUGGGUUUAUUCCCAGAUGUACCUCAUUGAAGACGGGACUAACCGAUAUGUGCGGUGGAGGGUUGAUGGCGCUGAAUGGAAUCAAUGGCAGCACCUUGUGGCAACGAUGGACUUCAUUUACGAUCUUUUCGUUGAAAUGCGCGAUCGACAUCAAUUCGGAUGGACAGAGCGAUUGCGUGGCAGCCGGCAGAGGAGGUUUGAUUUUGGCAAUCGAUGGUAAGAAUGGAAACAUUCUGUGGGAAUUGAAGGAUUACUCGGAUCUGGAGAGCUACGCCGAAACGAGCAUCGAUCUGUACACGAUCAAUGUGGUAAGAGAUUUGAAUAACGAUGCAAUUCCCGAUGUUUUGGCCGUUCACGUCGAGGAAACCCAACGAGCUCACGGAGGUCACAUCAAAUUGAUAUCCGGUGCUACCGGCAUAAUCUUGAAAAGCAUUCCAACACCGUACCGGGAGGAAAUGUUCGUACCGAUUCAGACUCUGGUGCAUAAGGACGGUUCGGAGCAGUUUUUGAUGGUUACGGGAGGACAGAAUUCACCCGGCGGAAUCUACGCGUUGAAACAGGAGAGUUUGAUGAAAUUUACCGAUGAGAAAGCAUUUGAACCAGUAAAACGGAUCGAUAUGUCGGGAUUUAUGGUUCCGGCCGUUCUGACAGAUGUUAAUGGAGAUUCGGUUGACGAUAUCGUUGUGAGUUCCUUCAACUCAACGGUAUACGCUUUCGAUGGAGUCAAUAGAACGCAACUAUGGGAGUAUACAAUUCCAGAUUCGGAAAGUGUCAGUUCAAUUGUUCCUGGUCACUUCGAUCACGACAACGUUACCGAUUUCAUGGUGAAAUACAAUACUGGACCUGGAUUCCCAAUCUACUACUACUCGCAAACUACGAUACUGAAUGGAACGAACGGAAAACCUUUCCUGGACACAAGCGUGAAGGAUUCCGGAGGCCCCAACAGUUUACUUGGAGGUGUUUCCAUAUCCCAAACCGGAGGUGGAGAUUUUUUCCUUCAUUGGCAGAUUCAGUGUAGGGACAAACAGAAAACCACCGAAGAAUACCAAUUUAUUCCAGACAGUGACAUUAUCCAGCAAUCCCGAGCGGACACCUGCAUGCUCCGAUACAACAAGUCAUCCAUUUUGAAGCUAUACGCCAUCAACCGUCACGUGGAACCGCCCGGAGCGAUUAUCUUCUCCACGGAUGACUUGGCGAUCCGGCUUAAUGAAACGGAAACGCAACGAAUGCGCGAGGAGUACGUGGCCCCGAUCAAGCAUCCGAAGAUGAAGUUGAAAGUCAAAGAUGACGGUCAGAAGGCUAGCGACACUCAACAGGGACAGGUGCGAAUGGAUAAAAAGUUUGAUCAACACAGUGCUCCUGCUAAUAUGGAGGUCGAUGGCAGCACUGCAAGUGAUGUGGGCGUGGUUAUGACCGGUCCCAAAAAGGUCGCCAGCGAGCUUAGAAAGCAGAAACUACGGGAACAGAUGCUAAAUUCGAACAGAAUUCCGGAAACGCUGGAAGUCGAAGAGGAGCACAAACGUAAGGAGAAGAUGAACUUGAAUGACGUUUACAAAAAGUACACCUACAAUGCGAAUGAUGGUGAAGAUCCGUUGAACGGUGAAGGUGACAAGCCAUACAUUUAUCUUCCCUAUGACCAGAUGGACUCUGAUCCGCGAAAUCCAUUCAUUCAGAAUCAAAUUCCUGUUCCACCGCCUCAGUCGGACUACGACUAUAGUGCAGUUAACGAUGAAGACAAUCGACGCAGAUAUCAGCGGCCACGCUAUCGUAACACUGAAGCCCGCUACUCUGGAGGAAGAGACGUGAGGAGUAAGUUUGGAGGUUUCGAUGAAACUGAAUUAGACGAAUCUUCUCUUGAGCAAGGAGCAUUCAACGAGACGAAUCCCAACUCUCAAACCGUCAAAAAAGUUCUACUAAGUGAUGAUAUCCUCGAAGAACUAAAGGAAAAUCAGCGUAGCCCCAAGGGUUCCAAGGAGACACUGUGGGAUCUAGAGAUGGAAAAGGAAGCCAAAGAAGCAGUGAACGAUAUAAAUUCCUUAAACUUUGAUUACAACAAAAAAGAAAAGCGCCAAUCAGAACCCAAGACAAACAGUUCGCAACCGACAACAAGCCCGUCGGCAUCAACUACCCCGGAACUAAUGCCGAAUGAAAACAUUCUUCCGUCCAUCGCUUCGACAGGAGUCCUACUGAAAUCGCUCAACACAUCCAACGUCAACCCAACCAUCGACUAUGUGUUUGUGAUGAAUAUCCGUGAGUCGGAAACGUACCCACCACUGUUCCUCGAGCAGGACCUGACGUGUGUGCAGGAGAAACUGUCGGCCUACCGCACCUUCAGCAGUGACGAUCUGCUACAACUAGAGAAAAAGUUCCUGAAGCAGUGUUUGAAAUCACGGCUUCCGAAUCUAAAACCGAGCUAUCAAAAAUUCGAAACUCAAAUCAUCAUUACCAGGCUGGAGAUUGGUUGUUCUUGCGGCGCCGAUCUGAAUCCUGCGCGGGAAGUCUGUUCCAAACUGCACAGUUACGACCAGCAGAGAUGGACAGAAUUCAUGGGUAAUGCCGGAAGUGGUACCUACUGAGAUCAAGGCGGAGAGGGUGAGAGGUUCUGAGGUCCCGCCGAAGAUCAACACCAGUGACAUGCACACGAUGGAAGUUGGAGCACAACCAAAUUACAUUCUUCUACUGUCAGAAACUCAUCCUUACCAAACGCAUCCUUGAGCUCUUCUAGUAUAUCUUCCAAACUACAAACACUACAAUGUAGCAACAUAGGAUUUCCUCUUUGACCGUAAAUCAUGUACAAACUGCUAAGUAUAUUGUUGAGUGCUGAUCCAAGAAGGGAAGUGAGGGAGUGGAGUUCAUUCACAUGGUCAACAAUCCAAUCACUACUUAUUUAUAUGAAGAAUGAUGAUCAUGAAUAGACUUUCAAUCAAUGGAGAAACUUGUAUUGAAAAGUAAUAUCUAGAAUAGAGCAAUGCAUCAAUAAACAUAUUUUUAGACUAAUGAAACUGAAUGGACAAAAACCUUUCAUAAGCUUAUUUGAAUCAAGACUAUUUUUAUUUACAGGUUCUAGUAAGAAAAAGAGCAAACUAAACAAUAGAAAAAGUGAAUGAUUGUAGAAAUUGGAUUUGAUGGAGAGGGCAAAUAAAAAGGAAAGAAAACCGUUUUGUUUAAUUUUUGGUCCACCUCUCUUUCAAAAGUAUUUCGAUUCUUCUGUUAGUCGAAAGAAAGGCUUGGCAGAUAGAAAGAUUAUUAUCGAAGAAAAUUCUACAUUUUCUUUUGGGAAUGGGUACAAAUUGAUGUCACGCUGGUUAAAAUUGGCUUUGAGUGUAAUGUUUACAUAUGCAAAAUUUCUUCUCAAAAUGGCAAGUAUUUAUCCAGAGUUUCCAUGUUUCCAACCUAAAAGUGCUAAAAAGGUGUUUCGCAAAACACUUGCUGGUCGACAAUUCGAUCGGAACCCGUGUGGUAAAAUUGUUCCACGAGACCCAGACGAUUAGACAAUGGAAAUGAAGCCGAAAAAUGUGGACUCAACCAGCCGGCAUCAUAAAAGGCCAAAAAUAAAAAUAUCUCCCAUUUCACUUGUUGCCCUUCCUCUGGGCUCACGUGGGCGAAACACUGUUCUAUCGGAAUCUGACAUCUUUCCUUUAUGCGAAACCGACGAUGAAGAUGUACGAAGGCAUUGAUGUUGUUGUACAGUAGGAGGCAAAUUCAAUAAACGAUAACGUUAAGUCCAAGGUGCAGGUUUAGCCUAGGAGCUUGAAUAAACCAACUACGCAGAAACAUAGCUAUUAAGCGUUUAUUAAUUUUCUGAUAGUUUAAAAAAUAUUGCACUUAGAAUGAAUUUAUCUGAUAAUUUUUAUCUGUUACAUUUUUAUCGAGUACUGUCUUUAGUGUGUAAAAUACUAAACAAAAUGAUGCGGAUGCGAAAA